UUCUAGCCACAACCGCAGAACAGAGCAAAUACGCAGCGCAUAUUAUGCGUGUUGUGUCGCGCAGUGUCGUCAGAAUCUCUGCUGCCGCACUGUACACAGUCACAUGACAGCCGGACAGUCGCUAAUGGAGCUUUUUCACGAUCAAACUUUUCUUUGGGUUUGUUUUUAUCGAAGCGAUGGGCAGCGGGGGGAUUUUUGACGGCCUGUGAUCUACGGUGAUAUGUCAGCUAAAGCCCUGCGUUAUGUCUGUGGAUGGCCCCCGGACCUCUGUCUUCACCUUUCAGUCUGCUGUACACAGCCAUCAUGUUCUCCGCUCGCUGGAUGAGCUGAGACAGAAGGAGAUCUUGUGUGAUGUGAAUGUGGAAGUGGAGAGCAGAAGCUUUCGUGCACACUCUUCAGUUCUGGCUUCCUGCAGUGACUAUUUUUACACCAGAUUGGCAAACCACAGCCGGCCAAACUUCACUGUCAACUUACCCGAUGAGGUCACCGUGGAAGGAUUUGAGCCCCUGCUGCAGUUUGCCUACACCGCAAAGCUUCACUUUACUAAAGAAAACAUCCUUGAGAUCCACAGAUGCGCUAAACUUCUGGGAUUUCAUAACCUUGAUAAAAGCUGCUUUGAGUUCCUCAUCCCAAAGCUGUCAGAUGGUGAAACAACCACACGAGAGUUGAACCAAAAAGAUGAGAAUCAAUCAUCACAGGAAAAAUCUCAAGCCGCCUUCGGGAACAACAGCCCUGGUGACCAAAACCCUAAUACUGGAAAAGAUAACGUACCUGAAGUUGAACCCACUCCUUCCACAGAAUGUCCAAAAAAUUGUCCCACCAUCUCAAAUGACACAGAAAUGCAGUUAAAUUUAUCCCCGCUUUAUCCCAAAAGCACUUCAUACCACAUUGGUGAAGGACAGGAUCAGUUUUGCCUGCAAAACUGUGGCCCACAGUUGUCUUCUACUUCUGUGGAACCCGGUGAAGUUUGUCCAUUCCUGUCCAUUUCACGCCCUGGUGACAAUGAGAAACUGCAUUCUGCUACAGCCGGCUGUGGUGGAGACAUUUUAGCAAUGGAGGAAGAACUCCAAAAGGAACUAGCAAUGGAUGGGAAUUGCGUUCCUACUGAACCUUCUACUGAUAAAGACCUAAACCUACCAAGCAUCACAGAGUCCGACUUUGGACAACAUGAAAGGGAUCUAACUGACUGCGCCCAUCUAUGUCCUCUGAAUUGUGCGGAUUCAAGAAGUGUUUUAGAUAGCAUUGCCAGUGCCGGAAACCUAGGCAGCGAUGGUGCCGAUGCCAGCCAAGUCUUUGAUUCCCCUGAACAAGCAUUCCCAAAUCUUCCCUCUAAAGACGGCAGCGCUGAACGGAGCACGGUUGAAAGGGAAGUGGCUGAGCAUCUAGCAAAGGGUUUUUGGCCCGAUUUGAGCUCCACACUGGCAGAGCAGCUACCGUUGGACUCCAUUGAUCAGUCGGGUGCUGGAAACAACUCAGACUUUCACUGGUUGAAGCAUCUGGAUCUAGGUGCCGCGCCUGAUGACUGUCCUUUCCUGAGGGACUUGAGCUCCAAUGAAGGACAGACCUGUAGAGGAGACAGUCUGUCCAAAGAGGACACCGGAGACAGUUCCUGCGUUUCCCCCAUUAACUCGAGGGAAGAUUCGGAGUGUGAAUCGGAUGAAGACUGCGUGCAGUGUAGUAGCUCCGAACAAGUGCAAGAGGUGGAUCUGCCAUUCCCUGUGGAGCAAAUUUCAAGCAUGACCCGUAGAGCGUUCCUGCAGAUGUUGAAACAGCAGCAUCUGACCCCAGAACAGCUGGAGUUUGUUCAGGAUGUGAGACGACGUAGUAAGAACCGCGUGGCCGCACAGCGCUGUCGAAAGAGAAAGUUGGACUGUAUCUACAGGCUGGAGGGAGACAUUAAAAAGCUGAGGAGCGAGAAGGAGAGGCUACUUGAAGAUCGCAACCAGCUGAAGUUCAGCAUGGAGGAACUGCGUCAGAACCUCUCAGGCUUACGUCAGAGCCUCUGCAUGGACGCCUCGGCACAAUCCGAGCAGCUGCAGGCGCUGGCCAGGUACGUCUGCUCUGACUGCCCCACAUCUGUGCUCCUCACCCCCAUAGCCUCUCCCAGCCUGGCCGGUCCAGACCGGGAAGCCCAAGCCAACACCUGCCUGGACGCCUUUCUCACAGAGGAACUUUCAGACGGUGCAGCACAAGUACUCGAUUCAUCCUCCACCUUCAUACAAGAUGGCGUAAAGAGUGCUGUCACACAACCCGCAGCUCCGUGAUAUACCAUCAGAGUAAAGCGGCGUGUGAUGGGUCCGAUUUUUCAUUUUACUCAGGAGCUUAGACAUCGGCUACAGUUUUAAGCAUGAUCCACGUACGUAGUACGUAAAUGGAUCCAAAUUUGCACUUUUACCAGGAGUUUUGUAUGGAUAUGCUCAUACUUUCAUUCUCGGAUUUAUUUCUAUAGUGCUUUUCACAAGUUUGCAUUGUUGCAUUACGCUAUUGAUUCACAAUAUGCCUGAUUUUUCGGAGAACUCUUAGCAUUACUGUAGCAUUAUUCAUUUCUCUUAUGGUGCCGCAAUGGACAAUCAUUAUAAUCCCUUUGAUUAUGUUAGAGCAAUAUGUAAUAGCAUAUAAACAAGUACAUUCCAGUGUAGCCUUAUACUGUACGUCUUUGGCAUUACCGGCAUGAAAAUUGUAUAUUAAUAUAUGCAUCUCUGUUUUUUUUAGGUAUUCAUAUAUGCAUAUGUAUUUUGUCGUAGUUGUAACACAAGUAACCCAAGUGCCAUGUAAGUUUACAUGAAUAAUAAUUAGGGUUUAAAUACUUAAAAGCCUUUAUUUCUUUAUUUUCAUUAAGGCCAUGUUCCUAAUUUUACCACUUAUGACAAUUUGACCAUAUUUACUUGUAAUACAUGUGGAUAAUGAAAACCAAAAGCUGUAGGCAUUGUUUCCCAAACCAUCUUUUAGGUCUGGUUAAGAAACGCAUUUUGUAUGAAAAGUGUCCUCUUUUUUUCUUGUUUUACAGAAAUAUGUCACCAUCAUGAGUAAGGUAGUAGGUUGUCAAUCAGUGUUGACUUUUUAGCUUUGUCUCACCUAAUAAUAACUUAUAAUACACUUCCUGGUCCAUAUAUAUAUAUAUAAAAUGUACAGUACUGUGCAAAAGUCUUUGGCCUUCAUGCCAGAAUUAGAUUAGUUGUUUUUGCAAUGUUAAAGUGAUCAUAUAUAAUUGUUUCUCAGUUUCUUUAAUAAAUCCAGAUUCCAAAUUCAUCCAGAAAAUACAGGAAAUGUGUAUAUAGUAUUAAAAACUGUAUAAAAAUGUAAACUGAUUUGUCAAGUUUUUAGUGUAAACUCCCCUUACACUUGAGCAAUAGCAGGAAACUGCAGGACCUCUUAAACCUAAACAAAAUUAAAUCCUAAUUUCUAAUUUUAAAGACUAAACACAGACGAUGCCUAGUCCUGAAAUUUUAUUUUUUAUUUUACAUUUUUUUUAUUGUACAUAUUUUCUGUUUGUAUCUUAAUAAAAAAAAAAAAUGGAUGGAUGGACAUUAAAACCUUUAAAACAACAAGUUUGGUGGUGGUGGCCUAAGACUUUUGCACAGUACUAUAUAUAUAUAUAUAUAAACUUUUAGUGUUAGUGUUCAUUGUAUCGUCAUUCACUGUUAUAUCUUUGAAACUUUUAUUUUUUUUGUCUUUGUUUUAAGCCUGUAACCUAACUAUUGUUAUGUAAACCCUGAAAGCACUGUAUCAUUCCCUAUUUGAUUCUGAUUUAGCCAAUAAAAUAACAAGCCAGUAAUGUAAA